AUGGCUGAAUCAACGGCGAACCGGUGUCUAUCCCAGUUUUGGGAAGAAAUGCUAUUCGCUCUGUACUCGCCCUUCGCGCUGUGCUUCGCUGCCGGCAAGAUGGACACCAAGAGUCUCCGCCAUUACAUCUCGCAGAACCGCCACAUUCUCGAAGCCUACGUUGAAGCGUACAAAAAGGCCGAGGGCUGCGCGGUCGGCGGAGACGAUAAGGCGGCGAUGAGAUUUUUGCAGACUAGGGUCAUGGAGAAGAUGUUUGCGCUAGACAAACUUCUCCGAGACUGGGGCUAUGACCUUCCAGAAAAGAAGAAGAAAAUUCCUGAUCCAACAACAGUCAAAUACGCAAACUUUCUGAACUCAGCAGCUUCUGGGGAAAUCGAAGGAAAUACUCAAAUUGAGAGGUCGAAAAUUCCGGUUUACGCGCUUGCUGCUAUUGUUGUUUCCAUGAGGGUUUAUGGCCGUGUGUAUUAUAUGAUAGGGAACAAUUUAUCUCCUGCCUAUAACAACCAUGACUUUUGCAAAAGAUGGGUUGAAAAUUAUACUUCUCAAGAUUUCAAGGGUUUGGUUUUGCGGAAUGAAGCUCUGCUGGACAAGUUCAGUGCUUCUUUGACUGGAUAUGAGAUGGCACAGCUAGAAACGGUCUAUCACCAAGCAAUGAAGCUCCAAGUGGAAUGUUUUGCCGCAGAGUUGUACCGCCCUCAGCGAUCCAUAUCCCCAUUGAUUUACGUGCAUGGCGGGAGCAAGCGUAUGCUUACCAUAUUUUGCGCCUUUGACACGACAUGUGCCGCACUUCAGGGACAGUUCACUCCAUCUCAACCAGCUCAGCAAACAUCAGCAAAAGCAUUUGAUUAUCCACGUCUGCGUGCCGCCUUGGGCACUGGGGAAGAUACAAAGGAACAAGCAAAUGCAAGAGCGGUACCGUCUAAAGGGUUUAAAAAAGUCUUUGGCUUUAAGAAAGAUCGUGCAAAGAAAAAUGCAGUUGAUGCAAGUGUGGCACCAUGGGAAGUGUACUUUGAAGGUUUAACUCUAGAAAGCCUAGAAUUUGGUGGUGAACCGAUUAUCCCUCUUCAGAAUGGCUGCAGAAGGUUCUUUCACAAGAUUCCGGAAAGCGGAUAUCUAACCAAGUACACAGACAUUCACCUAGUUUCUUACCGUUGGAGUAGAGAUCAGAUCACAUUAGCCUUGGCUUCAGGUUCAAAUGUGUUGAAUGUACAUUCAAAAGAAUUAGCUUACAACAGAUCUGUCUCGCCGGGUGUCGCUAUAAGGGAGGUGAUACAGGACAAGCGCGGUUACUGUAAGGAAGUCCUAGAGGGCAGCAGGAAGAAAAGCAAGACACUAAAAUACUCCCAAAUUGCAAACGAUUGGAAGCACUUGACUGUUUACAUUGGAGGAGAUGUGGGAGACUUUCGCUGCCUGCUUGAAGCGGAUAUAGGCAUCGUGAUCGGUUCGUGUCCGAGCCUGAGGAAACUGGGAGACCAUUUUGGGGUCAAGUUUGUCCCACUGCUCCAUUUCUUGAUACAGAAGCAGAAAUUGGUUAAAUCAGUACUGAGGAGGAAAAGGGUUAUGAUGGGAUGUACUCAUAACUGGGGAGCAUUCUCUGGCAAUCUUUAUACGGUCUCUACUUGGCCUGAGAUUGAAGCUUUCAUUUUGGGGUUGUAA